AUGUCCUCCGCCGGCGCAAGUAAUCAAGAGCAACAUUUGCGUGCUCAACUCGAGCUCCUGCAGAACCACGAAGCCGAGCACUCUCCCGCAUCGCCCAGCUCCGGCACACGCGAUUCUCGCGACGCAUCCGCGCGGCCGUCCAACGGCUACGACGACUUGCACUUCUCCAGCGUUCAGGACACGGCCGCCCGCGCGCUCGCCACUAAGAGCGACGCCGACUCCCACAUCCACCCCGACCUUCGCGCCGCACACGAACAGCACUCGCCAACGGACUCCAUGAUGCAGCUGUCCCACCAAGAUCACCAGAGUCACAGCCCCGUGUCCUCGGGCGGCGGCGGCGGCGGCGGCGGCCAUCAGCACGGUGGCGCCCCGCUGGCACCGGCGGGCGGCGAGCCCAUGGCCAUUGAUCCCACCGAUGGGCGCAAGACCAAUAAGAGAGAGCUUUCGCAGUCGAAGCGUGCAGCCCAAAACAGAGCCGCUCAACGCGCAUUCCGCCAGCGCAAGGAGGGCUACAUCAAGAAGCUGGAACAGCAGGUCCGCGACUACAGCGACAUGGAAGUCACGUUGAAGCAGUACCAGUCGGAAAACUACGCCCUGCGUGAGUACGUCAUCCAGCUGCAGUCGCGGCUGCUUGAGACCAUCGGCGAGUUCCCCCCGCCGCCGCCCAACAUCAACCUCGCCCACCCAACGACGCAGGGCCAGCUGUCUGCGCCGCUGCCGCCGGCGGCCGAGACCCAGCCCGAGAGCACGACCGCUGGCACGCCGCUCGAGGCUGUCGCCCAGGCCGUCGCCGGGCUCGCGGCUCAGGAGCAGCUAUCGGAACAGCAGCAGCAGCAGCAAGGGCGCCCGCAGUACACAGCAGAGACCUUCAAGAGCGGCCCGGAUCAUGAGGACACGCGGACGGCCGAGGAGAUCAACCGGCAACUCAGCACGGAGGAGGGGGCAACGGCGUAG